CACGAAGGCAGCUCUCCCAGCUAGCGAUUGUCAGUGCAGAUCUCAGUGCAGAUCGGAGGAUCUCCUAGCGGGGAAGUUUUCGGCUUUUGAGCCCAGUACAUGCCGUGAUAUGGGACUGUCCCACUCUGCUCGUGUUCCGAACGAUAUCGAAGGAAGCCUGGUCCCAUCGACAUCAUUUAACGUUCCAACAGCCUGGCCCGGACAUCGCGCCAACUACGUUACCAGCGAGCCGUAGCCAGAAUGAUUACCGAAACUGAUAACCUCCAGCUUGCAGUAAAGGAUGACCUGAACGUUGCAUGGGAACAGGUCAUUAAAGAAUGCAACCAGAUCGCUGGUUGGAAAGAGGAACAGAAAAGGACCCUGACCGUGAGCGAUGUGCUCAACAACGUCCAGCCCCACAAAAAGAUCCCCGAGACGGUUACGAGCACCGCAAGGAAAGUGGUCAAGACCACCCUGCUAUGCGUGCAGCGGUUCGGAGAUGUCGUUGCGACAGCCACCUCGGCCGUUUUCCCACCUAGCCAGCAAUGCUUCAACGCAGUCAAUUUCCUCAUCCUGGCCACCCAGAGCACUGAAGAGUUUUUCGCCGAUGUCACGACGCUGAUGGAGCGCGUGUCUGUGUUCCUCGAAUGCCUCUCCGUGUACUUGGACGACGAGCGCAUCAAGGCCGGGUCAGACGCCGGCACAGAAGUACUUGACAGUCGUCUUCGACCCAGCAUCUAUCGUGUUCUUGAGCACUUUGUGGUGAUCAUCACUCUGUCGCAUGCUCUUGCUACAAGACCUAAGCGGGAACGACUGAAGGUCUUUGCGAAGAAUUUGUUCUUUGGAGAUGAUAGCCGUAUCAAAGAUGCGCUGGCCACGCUCGAGACUCGCGUUUCGGACAUCACCAGAGUUCAGAUCACGGUGAUUGGACAGGAUUUGAAAGGCGCCGUUCGAGACGUCCGAGAAUUGAAAGCGGACAUGGAUCUGAUGAUCUCCAGUGAACAGUCCAACACGAGUCUUCUAGUCGGCCUGACGGAGAUUGAAGAAUCGAGACGACUCAUGGACAUGGAAAAGGAGUUUGACGAAACGCUACGCUUGAAACUGGGUCUUGACAGUAGGCAAUCGUGGCGGGAUCGCCACACGAAUAUAUCUGAAGAAAUUGUCGCCGGCACAGGAAGCUGGCUGCUGGAACAUCUCCCUGAAUUUGAAGAAUGGGCCGACGUUAACAAGAAUACGGUUGCCAACGUCUUUUCUGUGAGUGCGCCAAAGGGCUAUGGCAAGACGUUCUUGACAUAUGCUGUUGUCGAGCAUUUACUCGGCAGGUGCAAAAAGGAAGACCCAGAACGCGACGUGGAUCUAGCAUACUUCUACCUUCCACGAACUUCCCAAGAGCCAGGCGCGACCAAACAAGAAGGCUCUUCGCUUAACAAGGCACUCAAGGCACUGAUCUACCAGUUUUCCCAAAGCAAUGCAGCGUACCGAGAGUUCAUUCGAUCGACCAUGCAAGAGGACAUUGGGCUCGGAAACACUGCGGGCUUGUGGGCAAAGCUGGUCCAUGGCUUCAUCACUUCGAGUCAGGCGAACUUCUUCGUCGUGAUAGAUGGCAUCGAGGUCAUGGGGAAACAGGAGGAGGAGCUAUUCUCUGCCAUUAUGAGGCAGAUUUCCACACCAGGAGCUGACACAUCUUCCACACGACUUCGAGUAUUCUUCACGGGCCUACCCGACGCCAUUACAGAUUUGCAGCAGAGAUGCGGUCUCAAAGCACCUCAAAUCUCCUUUGGCGAAAGCGCGACCGAAUCAGAUGAUCUUGUCAAUCGGGACGACGUAAGGAAAUUCCUGCAUGCUAGACUCAAAGGAAUGGAGAACUUCUGGGAUGACUCUUCAGUCCACCAAAAACACAAGACCAGAAUACAACAAAUACUGUUACAGCAUGUUGGAGGAAAUUACGAGCGGCACAACCUGGUGUUGCGUGAGGUUGAGGCCUGCAGAAAUGUACGACAGUUAGACAACAUCCUGAACCACGUCAAUGAGAGCCAACUGCAGAAAAUCGAGCGACAAAUCGAGAUUUUGAAUCAAAAUCUGUCCAACGAUGAGAUUGUCGAGCUCAGCGCGAUCAUUGCAUGGCUCCACGACAAGAGGAAAAUGGACGGGUCCAACUGUGAUCUCGAACAAUACUUCUUUUGGGAACAAGAGAUGUAUUACUUUGCACCUCGUCUUCCAGGCCAAUCAUCGGGAGGAGGAACAUCGGACAAUGCCAGACUGAUCCCGUUACCGACUCGGAACAACUCUCAUUCCCUGAACCUGGUGGAAGAAUACCUUGCCAUCACGCUUGAAAAUGAAACAGAGAGCGAGAGAUUGAUAAGCCUCCGUAAACAAAUCCAAGAGAAGUAUAGUGCGGUGCUCACAGUUGACGAUGAGAGUCUUGUCUUCCUGAAGUACGACGAGCUUAACUCGUUCCGCUCAAAAACCAGCGAAAGCAUCGCCGAGCAGAUGGCCCAGCGGCAACAAGUAGCCGUAUUGCCAGAGGAGCUUGCGUUGAUCCAAAAGAUCAUCAAAACACAAUUCACCAAUGUUUUCGGGAAGGACGGGGACGACCUCUACAAGAAAUACGGACUGGAUGAGUUCUUCGGGUCCAAGACAGAAGGCCAAAAGCCGCGCAUCGUAUUCAAUCCGAGCGGUAACCAUGCAGCUAUUCUCAACGCCUGCAUUAUUGCCAUCAACGGACAAUGGGGUGCGAAAGAAUUUCCGACACUGCGAAAGUACGCCUAUCAGAACUUAAAGUAUCACCUGCUGAAUGCUGAUCUGCAUCAAACCGACUCUUCGACUGCACUGCGCAUCGGGCGUGGCCUUGUAAAGUUGCUGCAAGACGAUAAAUUGUCAGACCUGUGGUGGAACCGUCCAUUUGCUGGAGAAUCGUGUCUCAGUCCGGAAUUCGGGAACGCCAUGCGAACCUGGCUAUGCCAGCCAGCUGUGUUGCAGAAAUACGAAGAAGUGUUACACGUUACGAAAUGGCUCAACAGAGUUGCUGCCGCCGAUAACCCGGCAAAGGUGAUACUGGAAUACGUCGCAAAGGCUGCCGCGAAGCAAUACUACUCUGGCGAGCUUGGAAAUUGGAUGUUUCCAUUCAGAUUUCUGGCCAGCUAUGUUGGAGCUCUCGAUGUACCACCUUCUUCAAAAGUAGCAACGCACAUGUACAGGAACCCUGGGACAAACGUGCUAUUGCACGCAGGAAAGGUGGAGUACUGGAUUGAGACUACGUGCAAUCUGGAUGCGGAUGACCUGAUACUGCUGAAAGUGAGGACUGGGCAGAUCCUCUUCGAACUUUCCAACGAGUGGUGUUCUGACGCAAGUGACGACUACGAUAACGUGCAGGAGGCCAACGCGGCAUUUAGAUCGCUGGCACAGGAGAUUUACGAUGAAGCCGCGGCGAAAAAUCCGAAUACUUUGCGUGUCGUGCUCUUGCGCGCUCAGCUCGACAUGGACAUCGGUCGAUACGAUGAAGCGCUACAGUAUCUGAAUGAACGCAUGGAAGGGACCAAGCUUAGUCUCUUUGUCCCUAUUAGACUCUUUGUCAUCCCCGUUGAUGACUGGCGGCUUGGAAACGCCCUCCUCAGCGAGUGCUAUUUCCAGACAAAGAACUACAGGCUAGCGGUCGAUUCCUACUUGCCGGUCGUCAGCCUCGGAGUUGACAAUUACGAGUACCGCCGAGUCGAAUCUUGGUUCAGAAGCGCAUUCCAGCGUCUUGCCUCUUCAGACGCAGAUCCUGAAGUCUUGAGAUUAGUUCGCUGCUUAGAUGGCCAUGCAACAACCAUGGGUAGAGGACUACGCACGAUACUCACCCGACUGUCGAAACAGGAGUAUCAGACCAUUAACAGCACAACCGCUCGAUUGGGAAAGGUCUUCGAGAUCAUCAAGAUAUAUGCCAGGGCGAUGCACGAGGCAUCCGUCGAUCCCCGUCCUUACUAUUGGCCCGAAGCCGUGACAAGUGGGGUGAACGCCCUUAUCUGGCUUGCCAAAGACUUGCCCAAUAGUGGUAUUACUAUUUACGGGUCAGAACAUCUUUCAGAUGCGAGCAUGUGGAAAGGGGUCCCCACAAGCUGGUUAGAAAUUCUCGGUUCAACAGACAGUUCGGCGGAGAAGUUCGCAAAAUUCAAGCAUAAAGCAGCCGAAGAGAUGGAAUUAUGGAGGAAAGAUGGUGUGAUUAAGCAUCACUGCCUGUAAUUGCUGAUUGGAAGAAAGUACAUCAGAUAUAUACUCAGUAGGCUUCAUUCCUUUCGUAAGGACUGAGCCAUACAGUGAGACAUGCACAAGACAUACGAGAAUAUUCCGACGUCAAAGAUUCAUCUCAUCAACUCUGAUCUAUACGCAAAUCAUUGAACUUUGUGUCCUCAUAGAAUAAUCAUCGUGUAGAAGGCUACAAGCUAUCAAACCCAGCUCUGGAAACCGAGUUCAGAUCUUCAGGAUGCCCUUUCAUAUGAUUAGUUCUUUUUACUCUGCUUGUAGACGUUUGUAUAUAGAUCAAUUCAUU